UAUAAUUAAAAACUAUCUCAGAAUACCUCGCUCAGUGUUUAAAAAAAUUUUAGUGAAAACAAAAGUUUCGAAGUGUUUUUUAAUUUUUAUUAUUUUGAAGUGAAAAAUUGAAAAAUGCCUGGUCCUGGUCGUCCACUUUGGCAGACUGCCGGUAAACGUGAUUUAGAGCAAGAAGCCGAAGCUCAACAUUGGAUUGAGAUUGUUACUGGAGAACGUUUUCCACCAGGUGUUCCAUAUGAAGAUGCUUUACGUGAUGGAAUUCUCUUAUGUAAAUUGAUGAAUAAAUUGAAACCUGGUAUCAUACAAAAGAUCAAUGUCUCUGGUGGGGAUUACAAAAUGAUGGAUAAUCUUAGUCAGUUUCAAAAAGCAUGCGUCAAAUAUGGCGUCCCUGAUGUUGAUUUAUUCCAAACAACCGAUUUAUGGGACAAGAAAAAUAUUUCUCUUGUAACAACAACAAUUUUUGCUAUUGGCAGAACUGCUUACAAACACCCAGAAUGGCGUGGACCAUAUUUAGGACCACGACCAUCUGAAGAAAAUCGUCGUGAAUGGACUGAAGAACAGUUACGUGCUGGCGAGGCUGUCAUCGGUCUACAAGCUGGUUCAAAUAAAGGUGCAACACAAGCUGGACAAAGUUUUGGUGCAACCCGAAAAAUUCUUUUAGGCAAAUAGAAAAAUUUGCAAUUUAAAUUAAUUAUUUAUUUAUUUAUGUGCUUACUGUUGUUAAAUUUUAUAGAGAAAAAUUGAGGCCAUUAAUUUAUAUUUGUAUUACUUACUCUAAAGAAAAAUUGUCAAAAAAAGUUCAGUUAAUCAAGGAAAAUUGGUGAAAAAAUG